GAGUGGCUCUGGGGCGGGGGCGGCGCCGACGAGGCGGCGGCUGCGCACGGGCGGCCCGAGGCCAGCGCCCCCGAGGAGCUGCGGGCGGCGCCACCGCCGUGCGACGUUGCCUCCGCGCUCCGCGCGCUGGCCAGCCUGAGGACUGAUCCGAGUUGGUCUUGCGCAUGCGAGGAGGAGACCGUUGCAUUUUUCACGCGCGAUGACGCAGACGGUGCGGUUGAGGUGGCCGUUGAGGCCAAGUACGACGCCCCCGUUGCUUCUCUGUUAUCGCUGCCGCGAGAAUUCGACUUACUGCAGGGAUGGAAUGAUUUCGUGCAGCGCUCCGUCAUACUUCACGAGCCAUCGCUCUUAUCCCUCAGAGGAUACGCGGAACUGUGGAUGCCCCCACCGUUGUACCCACGAAGCUUUUUGUUCGAUGCAGAGGGGCACGACCUCAUUGAUGACGAUGGCUGCUUCUUAAUCCUGGUCAAGGACGCGGACCCGUCGACGCCAGGCAUUCCCGAGUCCGAUGCCGACUGCUACCGGGGGCGCAUUCUUCCCGGGACGUGCGUGAAGCUCACGCCUAUGCCGGGGGAGCGAGUCGUGGCCCACGUGCACGUCAGAGUCGACUUGCAGAUGCUCGGCGUGCCAGGCUCCAUGCUGCAGUGGCUGGUCUGGACCGUGGGCCCCUACGUCCACGGGGAGAUGCAGCGCCUCCUGCUGGGACUGCAGGAGGAGGACAACCAGUACCGGAAGCGCAUCGAGAGCAACAGGGCGCUGUACGGGCUCGUGGAGCGCCGCUCGGCCGAGCUCUGCGUCCGGGGCGGGGCCGCCGCCGAGGGCGCGGACCGCCCAGCGGAGGAAAAGGGCGGCG